GCAGGGUAAAAUCAGAAGUGCAGCUUGCUCUUAUAUAGUUUAUGUACAUGCAUAUUGACAUUAUUUGACUCUAUUUGGAUUCACAGGUAUUACACCGCUGUUUAGUUCAACUGAUGAUAAGAAUAGAUUUUUUAUCAACGAGUUCGGCAGCCCUAAUUAUAUGCAAGAUAUCAUGGCAACAGCAUAUAUAGAUUCCCAAUCGUCGUCCUCACCAUCACCAUCAUCAUCCAAAAGCAGUAGUGGUUUACUACAGCCACCGCUGUUCGUGAUCACAGAAAUUGAAAGUGAUUACAUACAGUUCUACUUCAUUCAUAUUCAACCUUAUUAUCCUUUAUUCGUACCUUCACUGUUUAAUCAGCAAUUUCAGCUCAAUAGUAUACCACGCAUUUUGAUAAAUGCUAUAUGUAUUCUGAGCUCGUUCCAUCAGCAAACAGGCGAACAUGAGAUUUAUUAUCAGAGAACUAUGAUGAUGUUGGAUGAAGCAGUAGGAAGGCCUUCUAUUGCAUUUUUUGAGAAAAGUAGAAAUCUUAUCAGCCGAGCAAUCGAUUUUUGUGAUAUAUUAAAGUUGAAUCCUUUAACAAUGACAACGCUUAGAGGAGCAACAGCAGCAACAGCAACAGCAACGAUAGAAGAUUGCAACAGAAUGGAUCUGGAGUUGGAGACUAAAAAACGCACAAUGGCUAUGGUUUUCACAUACUGUACCCUUUUAUGUGUGGAACAAGGACUAUCCGUAAACGGCUUUAUAACAGCAGCGAUGGAUGACAAAGUGCUUUCACUAUUCUUGCCCACAUCUACACAUACUGAUGAAGCGCUCUUCAUAGAUUGCCAACGCUGUGUUAUACCUUUUAUAGCCACUUUAUCUAAAAUCCACCAACACAUACAACGUGUCACACAAAGACAAGAAGUUCAAAAAGAUAAACGUACUGAGACACAGGUUAUGGAAGAAGCAAUGACAUUAAUACAAUUACAAGUCAGGGUCGACCGUGAUUACAUGAAUUUACCUGCACAAUUCUUACUGAAUUCGUCAUCAAGUGGUGUAAACAAUGACACUAAAAAAAGGGCAAAAAAUAAAGAGCAACCAAUGGUACUUGACUAUCCAUUUCCUGUGCCUGAAAAAGAAGAAGACCAAGAAAAACCAACAGCAGCAGCAAUAAAGGGUACUACACAUGUAGUAUCACCGAUUACAAGGUUUAUUCAUUUAUUGUAUCACUUAAACGUUAUCCUAUUGCAUCUUCAUUAUCUCAUGUAUCCUUUACCACCUGUCAGUAAAAUCAACAGCAUUACUAGCAACAUUGAAGAAAUCUACAAUGAGUACAAUCAUAAAGAGAUGUGCCUAUCGUCUGCAUCGAGCAUAAUUCGACUGGUAGAAUAUCUAUGGAUUAAAGAUCCAAACCAAGCGUUUAAAUACAUGCCUAGAGGUAUACAAUUCCUUAUUCAUUGCAUCACGUCAGCAGUUACAGUGUUCAAGGUAACAGCGGCAGCAGCAACCUCUCAUGCGACACUUACAAAUGAAAAACAAACUAUAGAAAAAGAGCACCAAAGAUGUUCUUAUCUAAUACAGCAGCUUACAGUAAAUUCUCCUUUGCGUGAAUUAAAAAAUUACGCAACCAAUAUGAUGAAUGCUCGAGCACCCAACAAUACCGAUAGUAAAAUGAGCAGUAUGAACACGUCUCCAUCUCCUACACAUUACAUCCAGCCAUUUCUAUCAACCAAAAGCAAUAGUAAAAGAGGGAAUACAAUGCCUUCGACAAACUAUUACAACAUUGUACCAACAACUUUGCUUCAUUCCUCAAGCGCCGAUAUCCCUUCUCAUACAUUUCAACACCAAUACCACCAACCGCUGAAUAAUAUACAUGCCAUGCCGCUACAAGUAACUUAUCACCAACCUCACCAGCCAAGGCCUUUGCUAAGAAGAGGAAUGGCUCAGUCUUGUCAAGAUCUAAGGUCUUUCAACAAUAACAAUGGCAAUUAUCACUCUCACCAUCAUUGCCGAAAUCCAUCUGUUAUAUCCUCCAAUAGUAGCAUAUCAAUCAGCAUGAAUAUCAAUCGUCCUCGUCGCCAAAACAGUAUUAGUAGCAAUCAGAGCAGUAGGACAGUAUCUCCAAGUUCACCUUACGUAAAACCUACAGCUACAAGCAACCCUGUGCAUACUAGCACGAUAUUACAGCCACAAGCACCCUCUGACCCAUUCAUACCAAUUGCUGUUCCAUAUCUUCAUCAGAAUAAAAUUAAACGGGUCAAGAAAAGUAUAUCUAUUCAUGGCAUGUCUGAUAUCUAUCAUCAGCAACAGCAACAAGCACAAGUUAAUCAUCGUCAUUCCAUGCACGAACAAUCAAUACAACAACCAGCACCGCCGCCACAGGUGCAAGGUAUCUUCCCUUUACAGCAUCAACAAUUUAACAGCGCUAACGCUUCUUUAUAUACCCAACAACCUACUGCUGCUACAACUACCAUUACAGCGCUUACUCCUGCUAUUCCCGCAGCAGCAGCUAUAACUACAACUGCUAUUGAAGAUAACUUUUUACAUCGACCUUACCAACCGAGUCUUGAUGACGAUCUGAACACCUUUCCUUUAAUUGGUCAACAUACAAAUAAUUACAACAAUAAAAAAUUUAUGGAGCUUUUACAUAACGGUAGCGCUCCUGGUACAAUGGUGGAUACAACAAUGAUGGACAACAAUUUCAACUUUUUUGACAUAGCACCAUCUACAAAUAUGAUGAUGAUGGAUUAUGACGUUACAACCGCUUCAGCAGCUUUAUCAAAUCACGGAGGCGACAUAUUGAUGCAACAACAGCAACAACAGCAAUACCAAUGAUUUUUUCUGCCAUUUAGAUUUGUAUGCAUUAUUCUGUAUUAACUAAAUAAAAGCCCUUGUUUUCUAUCUAACG